AAAGAUGCGGAUGAAACCUAUAGAUUAGGUUCCAGAGCAAAAAAGUCGAUUUUUAAGGAGGAAAAUCAGCGGACGAGGUGUGCGUUUUGUGCUUGGUGGAGCAUGGCAGCUGGAGGCGCUGUGCGCGUCUUACGCGGCUCGCUGUUUCUGUUGGCAGCUGUUGUGUUCAGCGCAGAUCCCAGCAGAGCUGAGGGAUGUUCAGGUUCAUCAUGUGGGAAGUGUGACUGCAGUGGUGUAAAGGGGGCCAAGGGUGAGAGGGGUUUACCUGGCUUACAAGGCAAUAUGGGAUUUCCUGGUGUGCAAGGUCAUGAGGGCCCCCAAGGGCCAAUGGGACCAAAGGGAGAUCUUGGUGAGCCAGGGGCUAAUGGAAUGAAAGGAAUAAGGGGCCCUCCUGGUUUACCUGGUAUUCCGGGAAUUCCUGGGCACCCGGGUAUUCCAGGUCAAGAUGGCCCACAGGGACUGCGCGGUAUCCCAGGCUGCAAUGGAACGAAGGGGGACCAAGGUAGAGAUGGAAUUCCAGGCAUACCAGGAUUGCAAGGACCACCAGGUUUUCCUGGUGAUCCAGGAGCAAAGGGUGACCCAGGUGGUAUUAUUGGUGGGUUUAUUCCUCAGAAAGGAGAUAGAGGUUUUCCAGGAACUCCAGGAUUGCCAGGACAGGCAGGAAACCCUGGACUACCAGGACCAGUUGGUCCAUCAGGACUAGAUGGGCUUCGAGGACCACCCGGUGAACCUGGACCUCCCGGCCCUCCUGGAGAUAGACUUACUUUCGUUGGUCAAAAAGGUGAAAAGGGUGAAAAAGGCCUCACAGGCCCGCCAGGGCCACCUGCAGAACCCAGACCUCAAGAAAGACCAGAUGAAAUCCAUACUAUCGUUGGACCACGUGGUGAAAAAGGGGCCCCUGGAGAAAAGGGUGAAAUGUGUUCACCAUAUCAAGCAGGAAUCAAAGGUGAACCAGGACCUCCUGGCCCGAUAGGAAAAGUAGGAAAGGAUGGAGAAAGUGGAGCUAAGGGGGAAAAGGGACAAUCUGGUCCCCCUGGCUUUUCUGGCUCAAAGGGGCAAAAGGGAGAGAGGGGACCUCCAGGACAUGGUGAUGGUGUGCCUGGCCCUCCGGGUCCUCCAGGCUCAGAUGGACCAGUAGGAGAGAUUGGCCCUCGUGGAUACCCUGGAGAGCCGGGUCCCCCAGGCAAGAACACUCAGGGUCCACCUGGGGAAAGAGGCUUUCCUGGGGAAAUUGGACAGAAGGGGGACAAAGGUGCUGAUGGAGAGUCUCUCAGAGGACCUAAGGGAAUUGAAGGAGCUCCUGGUCUGCCUGGACCCCCAGGGGAAUUGAGUGAGGAAUGUAACAUUGAUCAGGGAGAACCAGGCCCUCCUGGACCUCCUGGGUUGCAAGGAGAAGUGGGACAGAAAGGUGACAAAGGAGACACUUGUACAGCGUGUUCUGCUAGUGGACUGCCAGGUUCACCUGGUGUUCCAGGACCGAAAGGAAAUCAAGGUUUCCCUGGAAUAGCAGGUAGUAAAGGAGAAAAGGGUCAGAAUGGUCCUGCUGGACCUCCUGGAUAUCCGGGAAAUGAUGGCUCCCCGGGUUUGUUUGGUGCUCCUGGGCCAAAAGGUGAACCAGGUGACAUCUAUAUAUCUCCAGAGCUAAAGGGAGAGAAGGGUGCAGCAGGUGUUCCUGGCAGUAGGGGAUUACCAGGCGUAGAUGGAUUUCCUGGGGAGGAUGGACAUCCAGGUAGACCAGGACAGAAAGGAGAGCCAGCUAGAGAGGGUGUUAAAGGUGAACGUGGUCAGGAUGGACAGCCUGGUGUAAGAGGACCCAUUGGUGAAAGAGGACCACCAGGUCUUCCUGGAACUGGCCAACUUGGAGAGGCUGGAGAAAAGGGUAGUCCAGGAAUUCCCGGUACUCCAGGAAGGCCAGGAAUACCAGGACCCAAAGGUGAACCUGGACAAAGUUUACCAGGACCACCAGGUCCGCCAGGACCUCGUGGUGAGACAGGUUUCCAUGGACUUCAAGGUGAAAGAGGUCCUGCUGGGGAUCAAGGAUGGCCAGGGGAACCAGGUCAAAAAGGUGAAACUGGUCGUCCAGGCAUUGGACUUCCAGGUUCACCAGGUCCAAAAGGUUACUCUGGUUUGCCAGGUGGACCAGGAUUCCCUGGAGACCCAGGCAAUCCAGGCCAGGACGGUUCUCCGGGACGCCCAGGAACACCUGGACAAAAAGGUGAACCUGGCAUUGGCCUUCGAGGACCAAAAGGCUCAAUGGGGCCCAGAGGAGAACAAGGGUUUCAAGGUGAAAAGGGUAAUGUAGGAAUGCCAGGGUUCCCUGGAAUCGAAGGAAAAUCGGGGCCACCUGGUCCUCAGGGUGUUAAAGGUGACGCUGGCCCUCCUGGAUUCCCAGGUUUGUCAGGACCACCUGGACCCGCAGGACAUGGUGAGCCUGGACUACCUGGACCGAUGGGACCCCCUGGAGAUCCUGGUCCUUUAGGUCGUAUUGGAGAAAAGGGAGAAAAAGGUCCCCAAGGUCAUCCUGGUCCUCCAAUGCCUGGCCCUCAAGGUGAAAAGGGCACCCCUGGUUUACCUGGAACACCAGGACCUAAGGGGUUGCCAGGACAACCAGGAAGUCUGGGUAAAGACGGAAUGCCUGGGGAGAGAGGUACCAAAGGAGAUAUUGGAAUAAUGGGAAUUCCAGGGUCACCUGGAUUACCAGGUGAUCAAGGAGCCCCUGGAGCUAUUGGAUCAAGAGGUGACCCUGGUCUGCCUGGGCCUAGGGGAGAGUUUGGUGAAGAGGGCCCUAAAGGAGAGAGAGGUGAUCCAGGUCUUCAAGGACCCCCUGGAAAUAUAACUGAUGUGGAAAUGGAGCAUAUGAAAGGAGAGAAGGGAGACAGCGGAGACAGAGGGGAUCCAGGUCCUACAGGAGCUAGAGGAGUUAGUGGAACACCUGGAGAUCCUGGAAUAGCUGGAAAGGAUGGAAUGCCUGGUUCACCAGGAAAACCAGGUGAGAAAGGUGAUUCAGGACUCCCAGGACAAACAGGACCAGAUGGACAGCCCGGAGUAAAAGGCAGCAUGGGAGAAAUGGGAUUGCCAGGAGUAACUGGGCCGAAAGGCAGUAAAGGUAUUGCUGGUCAGCCUGGCCAUCACGGAUUUAAGGGUGAUUCAGGAUACAAAGGUGAAAAGGGAACAGCAGGUUUGCCAGGAUUAGGAUUGCCUGGCCUUCCUGGUGAGAAGGGUGAAAUGGGCCCACCUGGUUUUCCUGGGGAUUCUGGACAAAAGGGAGUGAAAGGUUCCAUGGGAAUCCCAGGCAUGCCUGGAAUAACAGGACAAAAAGGAGACAUAGGCGUGACUGGUCACCCAGGUAGCCCUGGGGUGCCAGGUGAUAAAGGGUUACCUGGGUUACCUGGAUCACCAGGACAGCCUGGUCUUGAAGGACGGCCAGGUGAACCUGGUCUGCAGGGUGCCCCAGGGCCACAAGGAAAGAAAGGAGAGGCUGGAAAAGACGGAUUCCCUGGAGCCGCUGGAGAGAGGGGUGAACCAGGUUUACCUGGUAGAGGCUUUCCUGGAACCCCUGGGCAAGAGGGCACAAAAGGUGAAAAAGGCAAUCCAGGUCCACCUGGCAUGCCUGGAGUCUCUGGUAUUCCCGGUUCCAAAGGAGAGAAGGGCCUGCCGGGAUUCCAAGGUAGUCAGGGUCGACCUGGUGAAAGAGGACUACCAGGGCCAUCAAUGGAAGGACCAAAAGGCGAUAGAGGAUCUCAGGGAGAGCCUGGAGAACCAGGGCAGACUGGUGCUCCAGGACCAGCAGGUGUUCCAGGUAGCGCUGGAUUUAAAGGAGAGAGAGGAGAAAAAGGUUAUCCAGGCAUACAGGGUAUUGAGGGUUUGAAAGGCGAUAAAGGAUACACUGGUCAACCUGGUGAACCUGGCUUACCAGGCUAUAAAGGAGUAAAGGGUGAAAUGGGAGUUCCGGGUCCUCCUGGCUUCCAAGGACUAAAGGGUGACCAUGGAUUGACUGGAUUCAAAGGAGAGGUUGGUGACAGAGGAUUUCCAGGAGCAAAAGGUAAUGUUGGCCCUCCUGGACCUCCUGGAGAAACUGUCCUUAUAAAGGGAGACAUUGGUUUGCCAGGACCACAAGGUCCCCAGGGUUUCCCAGGGCUUCAAGGGUAUCCUGGAACAAAAGGACUGCAAGGAUUGACUGGUACGCAAGGUUUUAAAGGAGACGAUGGUAUACCAGGAUACAAUGGGGUUCCUGGAAAUAAAGGAGAACCUGGGCAUGGAGGACCUUCCGGUCCCAGAGGUUACCCAGGUCCCCCAGGUCCUGAUGGUACCCCAGGUCAGGUUGGCCCUCCUGGACCCUCCUCCAUGGAUCAUGGCUUCUUAGUGACUCGGCACAGUCAGUCCAUUGAAGUGCCACUGUGCCCACAAGGCACCACUAUGAUCUAUGAUGGGUACUCCCUUCUGUACGUGCAGGGAAAUGAGCGAUCUCAUGGCCAAGACCUGGGUACUGCUGGUAGCUGCUUGAGGAAGUUCAGCCCCAUGCCGUUCCUCUUCUGCAACAUCAACAAUGUGUGCAACUUUGCUUCUCGUAAUGACUAUUCCUACUGGCUCACAUCUCCUGAGCCCAUGCCUAUGAGCAUGGCUCCUAUCACUGGCGAGAGCAUCAAACCUUUCAUCAGCAGAUGUGCAGUAUGUGAGGCUCCUGCCAUGGUGAUUGCUGUGCACAGUCAGACUAUAGCCAUCCCAGCCUGCCCUCAAGGCUGGGUAUCUCUAUGGAUUGGUUAUUCUUUUGUCAUGCACACCAGUGCAGGUUCUGAGGGCUCUGGUCAGGCUCUGGCCUCUCCUGGCUCCUGUCUGGAGGAGUUCCGCUCAGCUCCCUUCAUCGAGUGUCAUGGCCGUGGCACAUGCAACUACUAUGCAAACUCAUACAGCUUCUGGUUGGCCACCAUCGAGGAUAAUGAGAUGUUUAGCAAACCUGUGCCCACCACGCUAAAGGCUGGAAAUCUCCGAACUCACAUCAGUAGAUGUCAAGUGUGCAUGAAGAGGACUUAGCCUGGUCACACUCCUUCUUCUGCAUUUGGUUUUUAUGUUCCAGUUUUACAACAAAAAAAAAAACCGCAUGGUGCUACUUUGCAGAGACAGAAAGAGAGAGAGAAGAUGGACUUAAAAAGUGUUCUUUCAGAGUUAAGAAUGCUAAUCGUACCCAAAUAAGAAGGUCCAAAAUGAUGGGACCCCAAAACCAGGUGCUUCUGCUUCAUAUAGAACACUAUAUUAAUAUCCUCAUUGUCUUUCCUAAAUAAAUGACACCUGUUUGCAAUUGCACUGAAUACAUCUAUUAGUAAACAGGCUGCCAUUUUUAAAGACAAGUCUUCUGUAUCAUGUUGUAAUGAAUACAAUUAUACUCUCGGUUCAGAUGCUAAGUACUGUUUUGCCCGUUUGCUUAACAACACCAGAAAUAAUUAUCCUGUUAUCUCUUUCACUUAGUUUGUCAUUAUCAUAUACUAACUUCGGAGAUUUGGGUCUUCCUCUUAGUAAUACACCAUAAGUUAUGUCUGUUCUUUAUGUAGUCAAGAAGCCAGGAUGUACUUUGAGCUCUGUUGUAAAUAUACAGCUUUGUUUAAUAAUUAACAUCUUGUCAACGUAAUCUCUUCAGGUAAAUGCAUUUAAUUUUGUCAGCAUUAUUUAUGAACGCUAUAGGAGUAUAAUAAGACUAAGAGCGCAUUUUGUAUAUGGCCAUUUCCACUCUAUUGACCAAGUCACAAUAUAAUCUGCAAUUUGAUUAAGGCACAUGAUGAAUUGUAGUAUUUAGCACUACUAUAUGCUUAUUAGGCAUAUACCUGUGUAUAGCUUUGAAGCGUGUGAUUAUUAUUGCAGUGGGGGAAAAACACGUUUACAUCAACAAACAGUAUCAGCAUUUUUGCAAUCAGUGGGCACUGUGUGUGUGCAUUUGGCCAUCCCUAAUUGGUCAUACCUUGCUUUUUGGAGAGGAUAGACAAUAGUGUAUCUCAAUGAUGUGAGUCCUUUCAAGGCACAGACUUUCUUGAGCAACUUUAAGUCAAAUAGCUUUCAUACACCUUAGCUUAAUUGAUUAAAUCUUUGAUUUAAAUAAACACUUUCUGCAUUCCUCACUAAUAUGAAUCUGAACAUUUAUGUAAGUAUGUGACCAGGUGCACUUUUCAAGGCCAGCCUUAUUAUAGGGGUAUGCUGUGCAGUUGAUGACAGUGAGGACUUGCUAAAAUGGCUAAUAUGGCUUGGUAUUUGUCAUCAUGUCUGCAUGUGGCCCAAACACUUUGUUUUCCCAUCCUCUUAAAGUUACUAGAUUGUUUACCUUGCUAGAAUCCAUGUGUCUCAUAUUUCUUUUGCUGUCAGUAGGUCAUUAAAUGCUAGACCAAAGAAUAUGCACAUAUGCACGUACCUAGUUUUACACUGAAUAUACUUGACUACAAGUUCUUUAUGUUUUUUUCAUGAUGCCUUAUAAAUUCCACAAGGAAUAUAUUCAGGUAAAACUAUCCCACUGUUUCAGAAAAGACCAGCAUCUAAUAUAAUCACAAAGGGUUAACUUUUAUGUCUCUUGUGUUUUAUAAGGAUUUAAUCUACAAUGUCCAUACAGUGCUUGUGCUGACUUAAUCUCACACCAAUCGCUUGUAUUCUUUCAUGUAAUAUCACUGAUCCCGCUUUUUCCUGUGAAUGUUCAGCUGCAGUAUUAAUGCACUUGCUUGCCAUUGUGUUUCAUGGAAGAAUACAGAGAAAAAUGGGAUUUUCAAACACAUUCCCCCCUAGUUUAGUAUACUUUGUGUUUUUCUCCUUUCUAUAUUGAAAACAUACAAUAAAUUGGUUUGUCUA